AUGCUCCAUUGUAUGCCAGCUUAUUCUCAACAACAGCAAGCUGAUACGAAAGCAAUGCUCCAAUCGAAAGAAAACCACAACAGGCGAUCGCCAGGCUUGCUUGGAAACAAACGAUCCUCAUUCAGCAACUUGAGAAAGAGCAAAUCGCUUACCACCACCACUCCCAACCAACGUGCACGAUCUGCAUCGGCUGCAGCUAUGCGAAAGCCAUCCGACAUGAUGACUAUUGACAUGACGAUGAAGCGUCGAUCCACCGGUUGCUUGCGACGUGGCUCAUUCUUGGACUCAUCCAGCAAAUCGAUUACUUCUCAAGGAGGCAUUGGCAAGGAGGUGUGGCGUCCACCAGGAUUCUACGAGAUUCCUAAUAUCCUUGGUAAUGCUUUCUUGAAGCCUGAGCCCAUGGCAUCAGCUGCAAAGACCUAUAGCUUGCGUCCCUAUACACCAGGAAAGCACAUUUCUAAAAAGCCUUGGUUGUCUGUCGGGCCACAUUCCGAGAUUCCUCAAUUACCGCCUCUUGCUCGUACCGAAAAUGAAUUUGAGCGGAGAAUUCGUAAAGCGUUGCCCAAGGUGCAAGUCUCUUCUCUUGAUCCACGCAACAAGUACGGCAACUUCAAGGAAAUAGGCACAGGAGUCAAUGGAUCGGUGGUACGUGCUGGUCAUCGUUACAAAAAGAACCUCUUGUUGGCUAUUAAAAGGUGUCGGCUUGAUCCCGAUCGUGAAUACCGAUCAGCUAUUGUACGUGAGCUUCGGAUCAUGGCUUCCGGCCAUAGCAACUUGAUUCGACUCCGCGAAGUGUCACUCUGGCGUGAUGAUGUUUGGAUGGCGAUGGAUCUUCAACGGUGCUCUGUAUUUGCCGUGCUUUGUCAGCGAGGCAUUCCUGAAGAAUAUGCCAUUUAUAUUACUUGCGAGACACUCAAGGCACUGGUUUAUUUGCAUGGCAAAGGAUUCAUUCAUCGUGAUAUUAAAUGCGAGAACUUGUUGCUGGGUUGGAAUGGCGAGGUCAAGCUUGCUGAUUUUGGAUUGGCUACUCGUACCAAUCGACGCAACAGGGAACGUCUUGGCACCAGCAAAUGGAUGGCACCUGAAGUGAUUCGAGAACAAUAUUACGACGAAAAGAUCGACAUGUGGUCCCUCGGCAUCACCGUGAUUGAAAUGAUGGAUCGCGUGCCACCUCAUUAUCUUAUCAAGGAUGAGAUUGAAUUGUUUGCUUCCAUCCUUAGUGAACCCAGCCCUACAUUUACCUACAGCUAUCCCACCAUGUACAUGCGUGGUCUUGUGGCAUGGCUCUUGGAUGAAGCUCCACAAACUCGUCCCACAGCCAAGGAGGUGUUGGCGGAGAUUGACGCGCAUGUGCAAAAUCGACUGCUGAAAUGUGCCAGCAUUGGUGAAACAGCUCGUUUCAUCAAUCAUGUCCUGCCACCUGCAUAG